UUCUCAUUUAAAAUCAUUUGCUCGGGGAACGUCUUCUUAUUCAGUUCUUGCGCGCAAUGGAAAUAUUUAUACGACUAAUCGUGGUCGUCAUAAAGGCGAUCGCAAUGAUAAUCUCACCGAUUUUGGACACAUACUUUUAUCCUCGUAAACCCAGGACUACACUCAUCCCACCGAUCAGGAACAAACUGCUUACCCUCAGCGUUCAGGAGCUGCGCAGUCGCCUUCGAUCUCGUCAGUUGACUUCUGUGGAACUGGUGCGCACUUAUAUCGAACGCAUAGAAUCCGUCAACAAACAUCUGAAUGCCAUAGUGGAAUCUCGUUUUUCGGCUGCUCUGGAGGAAGCUUCCGAAACCGAUGACCUCAUAGCCAGCUGCCAGUCUCUGGCGGAUGUGGAGAAGCUCUUCGAGGAACGUCCACUUCUGGGUCUUCCCGUGACCAUUAAGGAAUCUUGUGCCCUCGAGGGCAUGACCUUUUCCGUGGGCAGUUUGGCCAGAAGGGACAUUAAGGCCGAAGCCGAUGGUGAAGCAGUAAAGCGGUUGAAAUCGGCUGGAGCUAUUCCACUUUUGGUCUCGGCCACUCCAGAAUAUUGCUUUAGCAUCGAAACAGACACCUUGCUGAAUGGCCGAUGCUUGAAUCCCUACGAUUUUGAGAGGACUCCGGGAGGAAGUUCUGGGGGCCAGGGCGCUUUGAACGGAGCUGGCGCCUCUCUAUUCGGAAUUGGCUCGGAUAUUGGAGGAUCCAUUCGCAUUCCCAGCUUGUACUGCGGUCUCUUUGGCCACAAACCAAGUGGAGGAGUCGUCUCCGUCAAGGGGCACUUCCCCAACUCGAAAGAUCCGAACAUCGAGCACUAUCUAGUGGAGGGACCCAUGACCCGGUUUGCCGUGGAUCUUUCCGAGUUACUUCAGAUAAUGGCGGGCAAAGACAAUUCAAACAAACUGCGAUUGAACGAACCUGUGCAACUGAACCAGAUUAAAGUACAGUAUGCACUGGGCUUCGAGGGCCUGAAUGGAUUGAUGCACACGUCGGUGGAUAAGGAUAUACGAGGUGCCAUUUGCAGGGCGACAACCCAUUUGAAGACUCUUGGUUUGGAGGUGCAGAAAGCCAAGUUACCCAAUCUUGAUAACUCAAUGGAGAUGGCUUUGUCUGGGAUCGCCGGACAGGACUUGAUGGACUAUCUAAUGGAGUAUCAAGAUGCAGAGGGUACGAACAAGGUUCGUCAGACCUUCUGGGAGUUGAUAAAAAGUCUGCGGGGUCACUCGAACUACACGACCAAUGCCCUGAUCUUUGAACUAAUGAGACGAGCUGGCGCCUUUAUGUCGCAAUCAAAGAUGAAUCAGUAUCUGGAGGAGGCACGCGGCUUGAUUGGGGAGUUCGCGAAACUACUUGGAGAUAAUGGAGUGCUGAUCUUUCCCACAUUGAAUUUACCUGCUCCGAGACACAAGUGGUCGGUUUUCUCACUCUGGGGCGUCGAUUAUACCCUCCUAUUCAACGUACUCGGUCUUCCUGUGACCCAUGUGCCAAUGGGUCUGAAUGACCGGGGACUCCCCGUUGGACUUUCCGUAAUUGGGGCUCCAAAUCAGGAUCGACUGUGCAUUCGUGUGGCCGUGGAGUUGGAGAGAGCCUUCGGAGGAUGGAAGCCACCUGUUCCACACGAGCUCGACGACUAAUUAUAGCAAACAAUAAGCCUCAAAAACAUCUAAAACUUACAUUUACAAUAAAAAUAAAUAUUCGAAAAAAACUAAAGUAAA